ACUCUACCAAGUAAAAGAUUGUUUUUGAGUUUUCUGUUUGACCGAACAAGCUCACGGGCUUGAAUAAAGCAAACGUGUGGUGUCAGAUGUUUGACUGUCUCUCGUGUGAAAGUGAAAGGCAUCGAAGGCCUUCCGCGUAUGAGCUGUGAGGGUCUUUGUGGUGGGUUUGUCCCAUGAUGUUUGGAGGUGUUCGCACACAGCUCUGUCACAUCUACGUUUUGCCUGCCAGACGAUGAACGCUCACGGGUGGCUUCUCCUCUCGGCCCUGCGCUUAAUGCGCGUGUCUUCAAAUGACGAGCCGAACGUCCUAAACUCCUCUCAGGCGUAUUCCGACGUUUGUAAGAAGCAGACUCGCUCUGCCCAUCUCGGCUCCUCCGUGCUCCUCCCGUGCAUCUUGCCACCAAACAAUGUGGACUGGGUGAUGUGGGCCCACGGGCCCGAGGCGCACCUGGUCCACCUCAAAUCUGAGGGUCGCAUCAAGUUCCUGGACCACAGGUUCGGUCGCCUGAAGGCCUUUCCGAACCAGGGCUCGCUGGGGAACUACUCCCUCCGCAUCGACGAGCUUCGGGGCUCCGACCUGGGCCGUUAUCGCUGCUCGCAGGGACAAAGUGGCUGUGUGGAAGUGGAGCUGCUCGCUGAGAAAGGCGCUGCGAGCGGAGAGGAGACGGUGCUGAUCUACACCUGCGUUGGCGUGGCUGCUUUCGCCCUGCUGUGCAUCGCUGGCUACUGUUGCAUGAAGUGCAUGUCGUGCUGUUGCGACAGAACAGAGGACAAUACAAACAACCCUGGAGAUGAGAUUCCUGAAGUCGCCAAGGCUCCGCAAGAGGGAACAAGCAGAGGGCCGACAGGUCAACAGCAGAGCGGUGAGGGCGACAACCAUCUUGUUUAUGAAAACGACGACCAAGACCCGUCCAACCUGCAGGAUCACUUCAACAGGAAUUACUGCCAUCCAAUAGAUCGGCCCGAUCCAGACAGGCGUGCGCCCACCCGGGACACCGGCGGUGUUCACCCGGGCCAGUUGGAGGGGGGAGGAAGUCAGAGAGCAAAACAAGGGUUUCAGCGAGAGCUCUUCAACAGAUUACGGAAUGCAAGUAUGGGUCGGCAGUAUUACGCUAACCAAAGUGAAAUAUGGAAGCAACAACAAGCCACGUCCACUCAGGCAGACAAUCCUAGCAGCGCGGCAGCAGCAGUUGAGGCACGUUUUGGAAAGAAGAAGAAAGCCAAGAAAAAUGGUGAAAUCCGAAACCCGAUUUACAACCAGAGCACAGAGCAGCUCAACCUCCUGUAACGAGCGACGGAGCCCUUAAACUGCUUUUCUCAGUUUCACAUUAAACAGUCAAAGUCCUUUGACUGUUUAAUGUACUUAUGACAUCCCGACUUGACACGUGUUUUCUUGUAUUUGUGUGUUUAUGAACAUACAAAGCAUGUAAAGUUGAUUUUUUUAAAUUCUGAUAUACUGCAUUUCCUGUACAAGAAGCUGUCUCUUCAUGUGCAUGGCUUGUAUGCUCUCGGUUUGACCUGCUGAUUAAAUAAAAACAUCACUCACA